AUGGAUUUGAAGCCUUCUCAUGCUUCUCCAAUUCUUAAUGAUCCUGUUCCUGCCAACAAGUCAAGGCUUGGAAUCCAAUCUAGUUUGUUAGCUUGUUCGCAGCAAGAUCCACCACUCUCUCCAGGGAAGUACUCAAAAUCCAAUUCAAAGAAAAACAUGGGAAGUCUUGAUGAUGUUAGAUCUAACGGUAUGUUGGAUGCUAUGAAAGCAUCUUCUCCUCCGAGGAAAAAGUCGAUACAUUUGAGUGCUCAAGUUGCUCCAUUUGACCACGACAUUGAAGAUUAUAAUUUAUGGAUGCAAGGAUAUCCUUCCGCACUAGAAGCUUUUGAGAAAAUCGUCGACUGUGCAAAGGAUAAGAAGAUUGCAAUGUUUCUUGAUUAUGAUGGCACACUUUCACCUAUAGUAGAGGAUCCAGAUUGUGCUUUCAUGUCUGAACCUAUGCGAAAAACUGUGAGAAGAGUGGCAAAAUAUUUCCCUACCGCGAUCAUUAGUGGAAGAAGUCGUGACAAGGUUUUUGAUUUAGUUAAACUAACAGAACUCUACUAUGCCGGUAGUCAUGGGAUGGACAUUAUUGGCCCUGUUAGUGACACUCUGUCCAUAAACCAUCCAAAUUGUGUUAAGUCUACUGACCAUCAGGGAAAGGAGAUAACUCUCUUUCAGCCGGCAAGAGAAUUCCUUCCUAUGAUCGAUGAGGUUUUUAAAACCCUCAUUGAGAUUACUAAAGAUAUAGAAGGCGCAAAAGUUGAAAAUCACAAGUUUUGCGCUUCUGUACAUUACCGUAAUGUAGAAGAGAAUAAUUGGACAAUGAUCGGUCAACGUGUCCAUGAUAUGUUAAAAAAUUAUCCUCGUUUACGAUCAACUCAUGGACGGAAGGUUUUAGAAAUCCGUCCUGUAAUUGACUGGAACAAAGGAAAAGCUGUUGAAUUUUUACUUGAAUCACUAGGGUUAACUGAUAGAAAUGAUGUACUUCCCAUAUAUAUUGGGGAUGAUAAAACUGACGAAGAUGCAUUUAAGGCUCUGAGGGAGAACAAUCUAGGUUAUGGGAUAUUGGUUUCAUCAGUGGGAAAAGAAAGCAAUGCUUUUUACUCUCUCCGAGACACCAAUGAGGUUAUGAAAUUUCUCCAACUCUUGGUGAAUUGGAAGAGGGAGCAAGAAAGUAAGCAUGGGAAGGAAUAA